AUGGUCGAGGAGAGGAAUGCGGACUCUUCGCUGUCCGCCGCGCAGCAGAACCUAGGCGAGGUGCGCUUCCCGGUCUCAAAGGGCCUCGCCGAUGCCGCCGCCGCGCUGCGGACGCAGGGCGUGCCCCAGCGGGGGGGGCCUGCGCAGUGCGCCGUCCUCCCGGGCCUGGCCGAGUCGGCCGUCAGUGCCGAUGCGAUAAACCUGCAGGAUCUGCCGGAGGAGCUCCUCAUCAAGGUCCUCACAUUCCUCAAGGACUCGCGGGCCUGCGCGUCUGCGGCGCUGCUGUGCCGCCGCCUGGCUGCGGGCUGGCGCGGCGUCGAGCACCUCUUCUUCGCGGAGCCAGCGGACGCGGCCAAGGUGCUUCUCGUUGACGGAGAAGGGCUCAAGAAACGCAUGCAGCAGCACCGCACACGCAGCCUGCACUUCUCCUGGCGGGACGCCCCACACAAGAGCGGCCGCGAGGCGCGACCGCACCUCGGACAGCUUGGCCUGCUCGGCGGCUGGUCUGGCUUGAUGGGCAACCUCGAGGAGGCAACCCAUCUCAACCACUUGGAGAGGUUCUCAAACAUCGGAUGCCAGCUUACUGAGCACAUACCCAAGCACGACGAGCAUGACACCAGGAAGAGCUACCUCGCACGCCAACUCUGCUCGCCCGCAUUCGCGCGCGCCAUGCCGAAUCUGCGCGUGCUUGAGCUCGAGUUUGCUUUCGCGCCGAUCCUGUUCCAGGCGUGCAUGCAAACGAUCGGUGAGUUCGAGCACUUGGAGGUCUUGCGCUUUACGCCACACCCUGGAGGCAACGCCGGGGGCAUGUACCACGAUGAUGUCCACCAAAUCUUCGGACCGGAGGGCAUCGCUUUCUGGGAGGAUUGGGCCAUCAGCGACUUCAACUGCCGCAACGGCGGGUACGUUGAGAGCGCGCAGAACACCAAGCCCUUCUCGCAGCCACGACUGCACGCGUCGCUGUCGACGCUCGACCUGUCGUGGACGCGAGACUCUCUGUCUACGAAUUUCUGGGCGUUCGCGCACAUGUGGGGUCACCUCGGGGAAGAGCUAAGACACUUUCGCGCGCUGCGCGUCCUAAACUUGAGCGGCUGCUGCUGGGGGGUGGAUGCAGACGAGGCGAUGGCGGCGGCGAUGCUUUCUCUCCCGCCUACGAUCGAGGAGCUCCACCUCGCCUACCUUGUUUGCCUCGAGGACGGGGAGCAAUGGGCUGGCCGCGGCGUCUUCGCCGCCUUCGCGGCGUUGCCUCGGCUCAUCGAGCUCAACAUGGAAGACUCGAGCCUCGGCUUGGCCCCGGCGAUCACUCUCGCCACGUGCUGUGUACCAAACUCCGAGCUGCACGUGACAUGCGACAUGUUUGAACUGUCACCGGGCGACGCCGCGGCGCGCGCGAAGGUGCAGAAGCGGCUCGUCGCAAUGCAGAAGAAGUUGCAGCGGCAGCUGAGCUGA